AUGGACUUGGCAUUCUGGACAAGCAAGAGCACGGACAGGAAGAGACCCGCCAGGAAGAGGGGCAAAAGAGAACUGAAGCAAGCGAGAGAAAUGGAAAUGGUGAUGGUGAAAACCGAGGAGAAUGUGCGGAGGCGCCGAGUCUGCAUGGCGGCCGACGGUGAGGCGCUGCAGCCCCGCUGCAUGAAGAGGCGUCGGAGGGACCCGGCUUCUAUGGUCCUGCUCAGUUGUGGCAACGACGGCCAGGCUCAGCAGCCACUGCAGGGCGACCAGAUGUCUUCAGCUGCCGCCGUGAAGAGGAGCUCAAGGUUUCGCGGCGUGAGCAGGCAUAGAUGGACCGGUAGAUAUGAAGCUCACCUGUGGGAUAAGCUCUCCUGGAACGUGACCCAGAGAAAAAAAGGAAAGCAGGUUUACCUCGGUGCUUAUGAUGAAGAAGAAGCCGCCGCGAGAGCAUACGACUUAGCCGCGCUCAAGUACUGGGGGACAUCAACUUUCACCAAUUUCCCGAUAUCAGAUUAUGAGAAGGAGAUAGAGAUAAUGGACAGUAUGACAAAGGAGGAAUACCUAGCUUCAUUGAGAAGGAAAAGCAGUGGCUUCUCGAGAGGUGUAUCAAAGUACAGAGGAGUUGCCAGGUGA